AUGGGAUGGCGAAUUCAAAAUAAGGUAUAUACUAUUUCUGUGGAUAAUGCUUUAAGUAAUGAUGUUGCGAUUAAGGUUUUGAAGGAAAAUUUUGAAGUUUCGGGGAAACUCCUUUGUGGAGAUAAACUGUUUCAUGUGAGAUGUUGUGCACACAUCUUGAACCUGAUUGUUCAAGAUGGACUUCAUCAAAUUAGUCACAUCAUUGACGACAUCUAUGAGAGUGUGUUGUAUAUCAACAGUUCAGAAAGCAGACUCAAGGUUUUUCCAAGAGUGAAAGAGAGGGAUAUCAAUUAUCAUAAUAAUCCAAGUGACGAGGAUUUGGAGAAAGUGGAGAAAGUUUGUGAAGUUUUGAAAGUAUUCAGUGGUUCAAUCAAACUCAUUUCAGGAAGUGAUUAUUCGACGUCUAAUUUAUUCUUGAAGGAGGUGUGUGUAAUGAAAUGUAUGUUGGAUAGUAAAAGUGAAUCCGAAGAUGAUUUUAUUAGAGUAAUGGUUAGGAAAAUGAAACAGAAGUUUGAUAAAUAUUGGGGGGAAUGUAAUGUGUUGAUGUCUGUGUCUGCUGUAUUGGAUCCUCGGUUGAAAAUGAGGGUUAUUCAGUGGACAUUCCCUAAGAUAUAUUUUGAGGCAGAAGGACGGACAAAUAUGGUGACAGUCCUGGAUGCAUUGUAUGAGUUAUAUGGGGAGUAUGUUCAAGCUAACCAAGGGGAUGGACAUGGAGCCAUUGGUGAGGUGGCUGCGGUUGAGGGAGCCGAGGCUUGGAAUGAUUUUAGCACUUUUCUGGACGUGGUUGAAACUAUUGAGCCUAGUCAGUCUGAGUUGGACUGUUAUUUGGGAGAGGGAUGCCAUAAGUGUAUGGGGGAUCAUGACUCAUUCGAUGCCUUACAGUGGUGGAAGGCAAAUUCAACCAAGUUUCCUGAAUUGUCUACGAUGGCUCGAGAGAUACUAGCCAUCCUGAUCACUACGGUUGCUUCAGAGUCUGCAUUCAGUGUUGGGAGCAAGAAAGAGGAGGAUGAGGAUCAAUUGGAGAUUCAGCUUCCUGUUCUAUCAGUUGAUGGGAGUCAGCAGAUUGGUUGA